AUGCACCAAUGUUACAAACUACAGUUACAAACUCAAGUGUUCGUGGUGUCGCGGUUUGUGGUAACCGCAAGUUUUGAAAAUCAAAUACCGCAACCGCAACCGCAAAUGCGGUUCGGUUCUUCAUACCUCAAAUGCGGUUUGGUUUCCCACGAUUGCGAUUUCAUUGCGUCUAAAAUGCCACCCUUAGAUGAAGGUGAGUACCUUCAGCAUGUGUGUGAGGAUUUUGGGCAAGCAGUAAAUAUACAGAAGACAAGAUAUAGGUGGUUCACCCUUGAUGAAUGGGCUACGUCCACAAAGAAGGGGAUUAGACCCAAAGAUAAAGGGAAGAAGGCCCAAGGCCUAAGGUACAAAGCCCAAGAAUCCAAGACUCAUGACCCCUUUUUAAGUGGAGAGUAG